CGAGGCCGCUGCAGAGGCGCGGGCGCCGACAUGGAUGCCAACGAGGACUACAUCUGGCCGCGGGCCACCUCGGAGCUCAUGCUCCUCCCGGUUACGGGCCUGGAGUGCGUGGGGGACCGGCUGCUGGCGGGUGAGGGGGCUGAUGUCCUGGUGUACAGCUUGGAUUUCGCUGGGCAUCUUCAGAUGAUGAAGAGAGUGCAGAACCUGCUCGGCCACUACCUUAUCCACGGAUUCCGGGUCCGGCCAGAACCCAAAGGAGAUACUGACUCGGAAGCUAUGGUGGGCGUGUUUGGGAGCAAGGGGCUCCGAGUUGUGAAAGUCAGUUGGGGACAGGGCCGCUUCCGGGAGCUCUGGCGCUCUGACCUGUGGAACAUGACUGACUGGAUCUGGGACGCACACUGGCUUGAGGGAAACAUGGCCUUGGCCCUGGGCCACAAUUCAGUGGUCCUCUAUGACCCGGUGGGAGGGUCCAGCCUCCAGGAAGUGUGCUGCACAGACCGGAGCACGCUCUCCUCAGCCUGUCUGAUUGGAGACACCUGGAAGGAACUGACCGUGGUAGCAGGUGCCAUUUCCAACCAGCUCCUAGUCUGGUAUCCAGCAAGUGCUUCAGCAGACAAGCCUGUGGACCCUGACCGAAGAGUUAGCGGCCACAUGGGUGUCAUCUUCAGCAUGUCGUACCUGCCGAGCAAGGGUUUGCUGGCCACGGCCUCAGAAGACCGAAGUGUUCGCAUCUGGAAGGUGGGUGACCUCCGAGUGCCUGGGGGUCGGGUGCAGAAUAUCGGACACUGCUUUGGGCACAGUGCCCGUGUGUGGCAGGUCAAGCUAUUAGAGAAUUACCUUGUCAGCGCGGGAGAGGAUUGUGUCUGCUUAGUAUGGAGCCAUGUAGGGGAGAUCCUCCAGGCCUUUCGGGGCCACCAGGGUCGCGGCAUCCGGGCCAUAGCAGCCCACGAGAAGCAGUCCUGGGUGAUCACUGGAGGUGAUGACUCCGGCAUCCGACUGUGGCACCUGAUGGGGCGUGGGUACCCAGGCUCUGGAGUCUCAGCCCUCUGCUUCAAGUCCCGUAGCAGGCCGGGGGCCCUCAAGGCCGUGACAUUGGCUGGCUCCUGGCGAUUGCUGGCAGUGACUGAUACAGGAACUCUGUACCUCUAUGACCUUGAGGUUAAGUGCUGGGAACAGCUGCUGGAGGACAAGCGCUUCCGCUCCUACUGCCUUCUGGAGGCAGCCCCUGGGCCUGAGGGCUUUGGACUGUGUGCCAUGGCCAAUGGGGAGGGGCAUGUCAAAGUGGUCCCCAUCAACACUCCCACUGCUGCCAUUGACCUGAGCCUGUUCCACGGGAAGGUACACAGCCUGAGCUGGGCCCUUCGUGGCUAUGAGGAGCUGCUGCUGCUGGCCUCGGGCCCCGCCGGCGUGGUGGCUUGUCUGGAGAUCUCCGCCGCACCCUCGGGCAAGGCCAUCUUUGUCAAGGAACGGUGCCGGUACCUGCUGCCUCCUAGCAAGCAGAGAUGGCUCACGUGCAGUACCUUCCUCCCUCCUGGUGACUUCCUAGUCUGUGGGGACCGCCGGGGCUCGGUCCUGCUGUUUCCCUCCAGACCAGAUCUGCUCAAGGAUCUCGAUAUUGGAUUCGGGAUUGGAACACUUAUCGAGAGUAGUGGCAGUGGUGGGGAUGAGGAGACCUCGCUCCAGUGUGGCCCUGUGUCUACUCUCCCUUCUCUGCAUGGGAAGCAGGGUGUGACCUCGGUCACCUGCCACAGUGGCUACAUUUACACUACAGGGCGUGACGGGUCCUACUACCAGCUCUUUGAGCGAGAUGGCCAGCUUCACCCUGUCCUCAGGCAGAAGACCUGCCGAGGCCUGAACUGGGUGGCUGGGCUUCGCAUGAUGGCUGAUGGCAGCGUGGUCAUCCUGGGCUUCCAUGCCAAUGAGUUUGUGGUGUGGAGCCCCCGGUCACACGAGAAGCUGCACAUCGUCAGCUGUGGUGGAGGUCAUCGCUCCUGGGCCUUCUCAGAUACCGAGGCAGCCAUGGCCUUUGCUUACCUCAAAGAUGGGGACGUCAUGUUGUACCGGGCCCUGGGGGGCCUCACACGCCCACAUGUGAUUCUCCGGGAGAGUCUGCAUGGCCGGGAGAUCACCUGUGUGAAGCGUGUGGGCUCCAUCACCCUGGGGCCUGAAUAUGGGGUGUCCGGCUUUUUGGAGCCUGAGCUCCAAGAACCUGGCAAUGAGGGACCCGGCCUGAUCGACAUUGUGGUCACGUGUAGUGAGGACACCACUAUCUGUGUCCUGGCAUUCCCCACAGCCACAGGGUCAGCGCACGCGCUGACUGCCGUUAGCAACCAUAUCUCCUCUGUGCGCGCGCUGGCCGUGUGGGGUGUCAGCACUCCAGAGCCUCAGCCGGGCCUUACCGCUCGCGUGGUCUCUGCGGGGGGCCGGGCGGAGAUGCACUGCUUCAGCAUCACCGUCACCCCAGAUCCCUGCACUCCAAGCCGGCUCAGUUGCCACGUCAUGCACCUCUCAUCCCAUCGGCUAGAUGAGUACUGGGACCUGCAGCGCAAUCGGCACCGGAUGGUCAAGGUGGAUCCGGAGACCAGGUACAUGUCCUUGGCUGUAUGUGAGCUUGACCGGCCUGGCCAUGGCCCUCUUGUGGCUGCAGCCUGUAGUGACGGGGCAGUGAGGCUCUUUGUUUUGCAGGACUCUGGGCGGCGGCUACAACUCCUGGCUGAAACUUUCCACCACAAGCGAUGUGUCCUUAAGGUUCACUCCUUCACACAUGAGGCGCCCAACCAGCGGCGGAGGCUGUUUCUGUGCAGUGCAGCCACUGAUGGUAGCUUGGCCUUCUGGGACCUCACCAAUGUGCUGGAUCAUGGCUCCACUGCCCUGGAACCUCCAGCGGAUACUGGGCUGCCCUACCGGCUGGGCACCCCCUGCCUGACCCUCCAGGCUCAUGGCUGUGGUGUUAACAGCCUGCACACCCUGCCCACGCAAGAGGGUCAUCUCGUGGCCAGUGGCAGUGAAGACGGCUCCCUCCAUGUCUUUGUGCUUGCUAUGGAGGUGCCAGAGCUGGAGGAAGCUGUGGGAGGUGCUGAGCUGGUGCCCCAGCUGCACGUGCUGGAAGAAUAUUCUGUCCCCUGUGCGCACGCCGCCCAUGUGAUGGGCGUCAAGAUUUUAAGCCCCAGUCUCAUGGUCUCAGCGUCCAUCGACCAACGGCUGACCUUCUGGCGUCUGGGGCAGGGUAAGCCCACCUUCAUGAACAGUACCGUGUACCACGUGCCAGAUGUGGCCGACAUGGACUGCUGGCCUGUGAGCCCCGAGUUUGGCCACCGGUGUGUUCUGGGGGGCCAGGGACUUGAGGUUUACAACUGGUAUGACUGACGU